GACCAUCUCGCUGACAGAUACAGUGAGUCUUCUGUAUAAAUGCCUGCCAUUCCCCUCAAAUUAACCGUGGUGUUCUGUAGCAGUGAGUGUGGUUUUUUGCUUACUUCUCAGUCCACUAAUGGCUGCCACCGCGCUAUGCUACCAAAGAUGUGGGAUGUUGUACACUAUAUGGGAUUGGACGGUUGCUGUGGUAUUUUCGAUGCUGUGGGCCAUCAUCAUCACUCGGUUGCAUGCCAUGUAUCAACGAGACAGAAAUAUCCUGAUAUUUCUCAUCGUCACCUUCCUGGCGAUCACCACUUUUGCUGGAGCGACAGCCGUGGUGUCAACGAUGCAUACUUCAGGAGAGGAACUCAUUCUCUCCGGCACCUACCAGUGCAGGAUUAACUACACAGGAGAUGCCCUAGUUAUGGAUUCUGCUACUUGGAUACUCUACAUUGUGUGGGAGGUCCUCGCACUAUGUCUCGCAGUCAGGAUUGCGGUAAAACACUUCCGUGAACUGCGAUUACGUCCGGCAGGAGGGAUUAUCGGGGACUGUUUUAAGGUGUUGAUGAAAACUCAUUUGCUUUACUUUGCGAGCUUUGUUGCUGUCUCUUGCUUCGAGCUCCUUAUUAUAUUCUCUCCAACAUCAUUUACGAACCGAUAUCUCCUAGAAGAUCAGACUUUGUUUGGCUUGUUUCAGAUUUUGGAGGUCGUGAUGUUCGUGCUAGGACCACGGCUAAUCCUUGCCCUUCGAGAAUAUAAUGCUAAACUCGUGGCUGACUCCGACGCAGCAACCCGCAUGACCUCAAUCGCUUUCCAAGAGCGUGUGCAUAUAUCGACUAGCAGCACCGUGUAAUACUCGGUGAAGCUGACGCAAACCGUUGUCUAGUUCUUGCAGGGAGCACGGGAAAUUUGUUUUUUGUUUCUAUUCCAAGCCUCGUUGCGGUGCUCGAGUAGUUAUUUGGUGUCACAAAAUAGAUGUCAAGUGUAGGCUAUAUUUUCGUCGUAGUAUUAUUCGAAUCAUUUGCUAUAGGUCUUGACAUUGACCAUGUUUUAACCAAUGUCCUGUAUAUCU